AAGAUCUUUGAGUUGGAUACGAAAUGAAUAAAAGUGGAUAAUUAUUAUGAUUCUACAGUGAUCUGUGGAACUAUUUGAUUGUGCGCGCGCAAUAUCCUCUGAGUGAUAAGGUGAUCAUUUCCUCAUGUGUGAAUCACUGGCUCUUUAGAUAUGUAGAGUUUUUGUAAUGUCGGGGAACGAAAAGUGUCAUGGAUUCAAUCCCCCCAACUCGAGAAAAAUGCCCCAACUAAAUCGACAUGGUGGGAAUAAGUAGCGUGGAGGACAACGAGGAUGAUGGAGGAGAAACGACUAGACGAGGAUUCUUGUCUAAUACGUGUGAAAGCCCAAGUAAUGACGCGUACUGACGAGGGGUGGGGGCCACUGGGCAAUGGGGGAUACGGCAUUGUCGGGAUCUACCGGUUAAGCACCGAUAACAAGAAGGUGGAAUACAUGAUAGUGGGAACCAAUUCAGCCAGAGACACGAGGCUAAUGGACUGUCUGCUCCGACGGGACGUAGAAUACAACAAACCGACACCGACUUUCAGACAUUGGAGAACAGUGGACUCCAAGUUUGGACUGACUUUUUCUAAUCCCUCCGAUGCACGAGCUUUUGACAGAGGAUUUGCGCGAGUCGUUCAAGAACUUGACGAUGGUGCAUCGACGGAGUCCUCACUCAACCAAUCAACGGACAAUGAAGUAGAUGACGACCCUGACUCAUUUCCAUCUAGUCAUGUCGGGGAGCCCCUUCUAUCGGAUCCCAGUGUUCAUGAAUAUCAAAACACUCCAGGCCCCGGGAAUCGAGAGAGUCUUCGAGACAUCCUUAUGCAGCCCACCCAAGCAAGAGACUUCACUCCUCAAUUGAACCAUCACAUCAGUCAACAAAGAUUACACCGUGUACAUUAUGUGUCUCGACCCAAUCCAGUCAAAGAUGACAAGGAACGCCGUCUCUCAAACUCAAAAAAGUAUUCCUCCAUUGGACAUGAAACAAUCUGGACAAAGAAGGCCACAGAGUUCCAGUCCCAGCGAAACAAUGGUCUUAGCGGAGAGAACGGUAAUAGUGAUCCUUAUGUGAAAAUCCUCAAGAAGCCGCCACAAAUUCAUGAGUAUAUGUAUCCGAUAGUGCUUGGAUCGGAAGGAGAGGACGAUAUCAAGAAGCAAAAGAAUCAGUUUAAGGUGAUUACGAGUCAGCCAAGGCCGCCUUCACCACCUGUCAAGCCAUUCAAAGCGAUUCCGGCCUCGGAUCAAGUCAAGUGUGUGCACUGCCAACAGUUUUUCAAUCCUGAGGUGAACAGACGGGGUACAUGCCCAGACGCCCCCGACGAGACAGAACGAUGUAUAGGGAGGGUCACUUGUAUCCAAGCGGCUACUACCAUGAUGUACCACUGCAUGUCUGACGCCGAGGGCGAUUUCUCUGAGCCAUGCUCGUGUGAUAUCACCGGUGAUGACCACUUUUGUCAGCGAUGGCUCAGCUUAGGGUUCCUGUCGCUGUUUGUCCCCUGUCUAUGGUGCUAUUUUCCACUCAAAUGUUGCCACAUGUGUGGCACAAAAUGCGGGUGCUGUGGGGGAAAACAUAAAGCUAUAUGACAUCCCACUAUUGUAUA